ACACAAUAUUAUAAAAAAAGGAAAAAGAAAAAGGGAAAGAAAAAGUAAAAGUAAAAGAAAAAGAAAAAGAAAUCAAGAGAGUUCCAUGACUUACUACAUAUGCAUGGAAGAUAAAUGUAUAUAAUGACAGAUCGAAAUCUUGGUUUAUGAUCACAACAGAAUAUAUAUAAUGGCGAUCUCGAUCGAGAAAAGUGAUUACAAUGAAUAGAAAUAACAGAAUCAUCAUAAGCAAUUAAUUCCACAAUAUAUAAUGUCUAUGUCGAGGAGGUCUAUGUCGAGGAGGAUAACCAGGCGAUCAUAUGUGGAAUUGGACGAUGGAAUAGAGUCGGCUGCUGUUGACAGUGAGCUCGUUCCCUCCUCACUAGACGCUGCAAUUGCACCCAUUCUCCGCGUCGCCAAUCAAAUCCAACGUGUCAAUCCCAGAGUCGCUUACAUCUGUCGUUUUUACGCAUUUUAGAAGGCUCACAAGAUGGAUCCAUCUUCAAGUGGACGUGGUGUUUCUCAGUUUAAGGUGUAUCUUUUUCACAGAUUGGAAUGGGAAGACCGUGAAACAGUAAAUAUUCUUGCUAAAAACGAUGUGAGAGAAAUGUUACUAUUUUACAACAAGUUCUUUGAAGUGAAUUUGGGAAAUCAAGUAGUCAAGGGGAAAACAGUGGGAGAGUUGGGUAAUAAUCUUCGCACGGCAGCAAUAUUAUAUGAGGUGUUAAAGGCAGUGGUGCCCCCACGACUGAUAGAUUUGAAGACAAGAAAAUAUGCGGAAUAUGUCCAGAAGACAAUAGAAAAUUAUCAUGAAAGUUAUAACAUUCUUCCAUUGCAUCCUUUUGGGGCUAAACCAGCAAUUAUGGAACUCCCAGAGAUCAAAGCAGCCAUUGCUGCUCUGCACUACAAUUUGGAAAACCUUCCAAUGCCCAGAAAACAAUUUCGAACCAGUGAGGCCGAGGACGAUGCGACUCUGCUUACAGAGACAAAAGAUGUCAGCGACAUAUUUGAUUGGGUUUCCUCUAUCUUUGGUUUUCAGAAAGCAAAUGUAGCAAAUCAGAGAGAACACCUGAUACUACUUCUUGCAAAUGUUGGUAUAAGGGGUAGGAAUCCCGAAGAUUACACACAAUUGGAACGUGCAACUAUAGAGCAUUUGGAGGGUAAAAUUUUUGAGAAUUACAAUUCUUGGUGCAAAUUUUUACGUAUUCAGUCAAAUUGUAAAAGGUUCCCACAGGAUUCUGAUGAACUACAGUUGACACUUAUUUAUAUUUCACUUCAUCUACUUAUUUGGGGCGAAGCUUCCAAUAUUCGAUUCAUGCCUGAAUGCUUAUGCUAUAUUUUUCAUCAUAUGGCCAAAGAGGUAUAUGUGAUUAUCCAUACAAAUAUUCAUCCUGUUAGUGGAGAAACGUAUGAAACUGAAAUACGCGACCAAGAGUACUUUUUGAGGAAUAUCAUUACCCCUAUUUACAGGCUAUUGCUACAGGAAUCAAGAAGAAGUAGAGGUGGCCAAGCAAGUAAUUCGAACUGGAGAAAUUACGAUGAUUUAAAUGAGUACUUUUGGUCUGACAAAUGUUUUAGAUGUCUAGGAUGGCCAAUGGAUAUUAAAUCAGAUUUUUUUGCGCAUUCAUAUUUGAUACAACCAAAAGAGAGACUAAGCCAAAAAACGAGGCAACCUAAAAUAAAUUUUGUGGAAGUCCGUACAUUUUGGCACCUGUACAGAAAUUUUGAUCGAAUGUGGAUCUUCUUUGCAUUAGCUUUCCAGGCUAUGGUCAUUGUUGCAUGGAAUAGUCCAUCCGGAUCUUUUCUUCAUGCCUUUUUCAAUGCAGAUGUUGUGAGAAGUGUUUUAAGCAUCUUCAUUACUUUUGCUUCACUCAAGUUUCUACAAGCUACUCUGGAUAUAGUUCUAAAUUUGAAAGCAUGGAGAAGCUUGGGAAUAGCCGAGAUAGUGCGGUACCUGUCGAAAUUUUUAGUGGCAGCUUCAUGGGUUGUGGUUAUGGCAAUGGGUUACUACCACAAUCUAAUAACAGUGGCAAUUUACUUGCUACCAAACAUUUUGGAUGCUAUUCUAUUCAUAUUACCUUCUGAUUUACAAAGAGCCAUGGACACUUCUAACUUGUGGAUGGUCAAUAUACUUACGUGGUGGAUUCGUGAGCCGAGAUUGUUCGUUGGAACAGACAUGCACGAGGACAUUAUUUCAAAGAUGAAAUAUACAUUUUUUUGGAUAAUGCUGUUGAGCACCAAGUUAGCAUUCAGCUACUAUGUGGAGAUAGCGCCUCUAGUUGAACCAACAAAACUUAUCAUGGAGAUGUCUGUUGAUAAUAAUCCAUGGCAUGAAGUCUUUCCACAUGGAACACAUAAUAUUUGUGUCAUCAUUUCAAUAUGGGCACCAAUUGUCUUGGUUUACUUCAUGGAUGCACAAAUAUGGUAUGCCAUAUUUUCUACUCUAUUUGGUGGUAUAUAUGGAGCUUUCAGCUAUCUGGGUGAGGAAGCAACGCUUGAUAUGCUGCGGUCCAAAUUUGAAGCUAUGUCUGUAGCUUUCAAUCGUUGUCUCAUGCCAUCAAUAGAGAAGAAGGGUUCCCCUGAACAGACAAAUUUGGAACCAUCACAAGUGCGAAAGAACAUUGCCAAUUUCUCUCAAAUGUGGAAUGAGUUCAUACGUUCUAUGCGGGAAGAAGAUCUUAUCAGCAAUCAUGAAAGAGAUUUGCUUUUGGUUCCUUAUUAUGGUUCCAAUGAUAGGGUUGUUGUCCAGUGCUGCCCGCCUUUCUUGCUCGCUAAUAAGAUUCCUAUGGCACUAAAACUGGCGAUAGAGUUCAAGGGAAAGAAUGAAGGUAAAUUACUUAAGAAAAUUAAGAGGGAUGCCUAUAUGUAUUCAACAGUAAUCGAAUGCUACCAGUCGCUUAAGGAAGUAAUUUCUGGUCUUAUGGAAGAUAACGGUGAUAAGAUCAUUGUAGAGCAUAUAUGUAAGAAAGUAGAGGAAAGUCUAAUGCAUGGGGUUUUUUUGAAUACUUUCCGGAUGGGUGAGCUGCAUUCCCUCCUUAAGAAAGUAGAAAAACUCUUACAAUUAUUGCUAUCUGAUAGUGAAGAAGUUGAAACUUUUCUACCUCGGUUAACAAUAGUGCUUCAAGAUAUUAUGGAAGUUAUCACGCUAGAUGUUAUGAUCAAUGGACAUAAAAUUUUCGAGACAGCUGAUUAUGAUCACAGUUUAAAUGUUAAAACUCUGCUGAGGUUUGAGAAGAUUAACUUAUUCUGGACAUCCAAUAAAGUUUGGAAGGAAAAGAUUGUCAGGCUUCAUUUGCUUCUCACCGCCGAUGAAUUUGCCAUAGAUGUGCCUCGGAACUUGGAAGCUCGACGGCGUAUUAUUUUCUUUGCAAACUCUCUUUUUAUGAAUAUGCCAAAGGCUCCUAAAGUUCGUGACAUUGUUUCCUUUAGUGUUCAGACUCCAUAUUACCAGGAAGAUGUCCAAUAUACCAAUGAAAAUAUUACCAUGGAGAAUGAGGAUGGGAUAUCAAUUUUGUUCUACUUGCAAAAAAUAUACCCUGAUGAAUGGCUUAAUUUCAUGGAUCGGAUAAAACAAUUUGCUGAAAAGGAUAAGUUAGACUUAACUCGUCAGUGGGUGUCUUACAGAGAGCAAACACUUUAUAGAACAGUUAGAGGGAUGAUGUACUAUAGGCAGGCUCUUGAGCUUCAAUGCUACCUUGAAUUGGCAGAAGAUAGUGGCUUCGUCAACUUAGGUGAAAAAGUUGAGAAGGCUUUCGUUGACCAAGCACAGGCAUUGGUCGAUUUGAAGUUUACAUAUGUUUUGUCAUGCCAACUUUAUGGUUUCCAGAAGAAGAGUAAUGAUCUUUCUAGAGAUCAAAGUUGUUACAUGAAUAUCCUGAAGCUGAUGUUAACAUAUCCGUCAUUACGGGUGGCGUACAUAGAUACAAGAGAAGAAAUGGAGAAUGGAAGUUCACAAAUGGUUUAUUACUCUGUUUUGGUCAAGGGAGGGGACACAUUAGAUGAGGAAAUAUACCGCAUCAAGCUUCCGGGACCUCCCACAACAAUUGGUGAAGGAAAAGCUGAAAAUCAAAAUCAUGCAAUAAUUUUUACUCGCGGAGAAGCCUUGCAGACGAUCGACAUGAAUCAAGAAAAUUACUUUGAAGAAGCUUUCAAAAUGAGAAAUCUAUUGGAAGAAUUUAUUAUGCCUUGUCAUGGGAAUCGGAAACCCACACUAUUGGGUAUAAGAGAGAAUCAAUUCUGUGGAAGUGUUUCUUCGCUUGCAUGGUUCAAAUCCAAUCAAGAGACUAGUUUUGUAACCAUUGCCCAACGAAUUUCAGCCAAUCUUCUCAGGGUACGCUUUCAUUAUGGCCAUUCUGGUAUUUUUGAUAGAAUCUUCCACAUAACAAGAGGUGGGAUAAGCAAAGCUUCAAGAAGAAUAAAUAUGAGUGAAGAGAUAUUUGCAGGUUACAAUUCAACUUUGCGUGGGGGAUUAAUAACACAUCACGAGUAUAUCCAAGUGGGCAAAGGGCGUGAUGUGGGUAUGAAUCAGAUUUCAAACUUUGAGGCCAAGGUUGCUAAUGGAAAUGGAGAAGAAACACUCAGUCGCGAUGUUUAUCGUCUUGGUCGGAGAUUUGACUUUUACAGAAUGCUCUCAUUUUACUUCACAACUGUUGGUUUUUACUUCAGUAGUAUGGUAAUAAUUAUAGCUAUGUACUUGUUCUUAUACGGAGAAAUGUACAUGGUUAUGAGUGGAGUUAAAAAGGAGUUGCAACAGAUUCCAACCGUACAUCAAAGCAAGGCCCUGGAAGAGGUUUUGGCUAUCCAAUCUGUCUUCCAAUUAGGAUUGAUACUAGUGUUGCCAAUAGUCAUGGAAAUUGGCUUGGAGAAAGGGUUUCGGACAGCAUUAGGUGAUUUCAUCGCCAUGCAGGUCCAGCUAGCCUCUGUAUUCUUCACAUUCCAACUGGGAACGAAAGCACAUCACUAUGGGAGAACAAUCUUGCAUGCAGAUUCUAGAUUCCGAGCUACUGGCCGUGGCCCAGUUGUUUUUCAUGCCAAGUUUACUGAAAAUUAUAGACUCUACUCACGCAGUCACUUUGUCAAAGGGUUGGAGCUUUUUAUCUUACUAUUAGUAUACCAAGUCUAUGGAGAAUCUUGCCCUAGCUCAAAUCUCUACCUGUUCAUCAAUUUCUCCAUGUGGUUUCUUGUUGCUUCCUGGUUGUUUGCUCCUUUCGUGUUCAAUCCUUGUUGUUUUGACUGGCAAAAAACAGUGGACGAUUGGAUUGAUUGGGAGAGGUGGUUGGAAAAUCGUGGUGGUAUUGGGAUCUCAUCUUACCAAAGUUGGGAAUCAUGGUGGAAUGAAGAACAACAACACCUCAGACACACUGAUAUUCGAGGAAGAGUGUUGGAAACUUUGCUUGCAUUUCGCUUCUUUUUCUACCAAUAUGGAAUCGUGUAUCACCUUGACAUAACUCGGCGCCACAGGAGCAAGAGUUUGAAGGUUUAUGGACUUUCUUGGCUCGUCAUGCUAGCUGCUCUUCUUGUUUUAAAGAUAGUAUCCAUGGGUCGACAAAGAUUAAUUGGAACGGGUCGACAAAUAUUAAUUGGAACGGGUCGACAAAGAUUUGGAACGGGUUCCCAGCUCUUGUUCAGAAUUCUCAAAGCCUUUUUGUUUCUUGGUUUUAUGUCAGUCAUGAUUGUCUUAUUUGCAGUAUAUGGCCUCACUAUAUCAGAUUUAUUUGCUUCAAUCCUUGCCUUAUUUCCCACAGGGUGGGCCAUUGUUCUUAUUGCGCAAGCCUGGAGGGGAUUGUUUAUGGCCAUUGGACCUUGGAAUGUUAUAAAGGAGCUAGCAAGAGUAUCUGAUUACAUAAUGGGACUAAUAAUCUUCCUGCCUAUUGCCAUUUUUUCAUGGUUGCCAUACGUAUCAGAGCUCCAUAAACGCUUGCUCUUCAGCCAAGCUUUCAGUAGAGGCUUGCGAAUUUCGAUGAUUCUCUCAGGAAGAAAUCUAUCAGCUUAAAUAUGAUUUGACAUUAUGUGACCAUAAAUACGAUUUCCCUGCUAAUCCUUGCCUUAAAUAUAGAAAUUAAUUAUUAUUAGAUUGUUUUAGUUGUAUUCUAUGAUAUGAUCAUAUUAGAGAGAUAUAUCUCUUUCCUUAUCCUACAUUCUCACAAGUUGAAGAGAUGACAUUGUCAUGUCCUAAAGACAUGUGGAUAGAUUCUAUUGGCUACUGUUAAACCUGGAAACUUUUGCCAAGCGGAUUGGUGGAUGCUAGAGAUUAGCAACCAGGGGAACUAGCAAAGACAAAAUCUACUAAAGAAUUGAAAAGAUAAUCAAAC